CAUUUCUAUCGAUUUCUUUGAAGCCCUCUGAAUUCGUCCAUCCCGGUCCUCUGCUUCACUGAGUUGGCCGUAUUGUCGAAUGGGAAUUCCAGGAAAACUAAAAUAGACAUGAGGCAUUACUCUGCUCAUGUUACCGAACGUCUGCCUAUGUUUUCUUUUUUUUUUUUUUUUUAAAAAGGUAGCAGUAACCUUGACAGUCGGCGUAACAAGGUACAGAAUUAAGCGCACGUACGCUCGGUUAAAUAGCAGAUCCGAGCAAUUGAAUGUGAUUUUUGUAGCACCUCGGCUCGUGUUUAUUAGAUCGAUUAUUAUAGAAUUAUAGCAGAAGGAUACGUGUAAUUAGUUCUCAUAUGUUUAUAUGCUGCAGGGAAGCAUCAAUCAUACUUGACGAUAGAUCUAGAACUUCGUCAAGAAAUCUGAGUAACUGAUAAGGCCGAUUGUGUUGGAGUAUUUUUUUUUCUAAAUUAACGAUGGCAAUGGUUCUCAGCCUCGUGGACGUGGUCUCCGUUGUUUUGUUUUCUGUGGAGCUGUACCACCUUGUGGCUCACGUGUUUAUCCUGUGUGGCAUUCGGAGUCUCCCUCGCAAAGACUUGGUCAGGGUCCGUCUCUAUUUCCUGCUGGACGCUCUGACUGUGUUUUUCACUAGCUUUCUGUUCACGGGCAAACUCAAGUGGCUGGCGGUGUUGCAGAUACUUCAACACAUGUUCUAUUUUAUCACAUGGGAUAAAUCCUAUAUGGCUAAAAGGAUCAUUGAUUGGAGCUCUCUGGAAUGGUUUAAAAGUAACCAGAAGCCCUCCUUGCAGCUUGACUCCACCCUAGGAACACUGUUCGAUGUCUGUGUGCAUGCUGCUAUGAUGUAUGUACUGGGAGAGCAGAUGGGUAUAUUCAGUAUUCUUGUGGCCAUCUUCAUCGCCCAAGCGUGUGUAUACACCAUCUUAUUCAAUCCAAAGUUGGCAUGGAGUAGUCCAAACAAUGUGCCAGUUUGGGUACAGAAACGUGUAGGAAAACUUGCAUUAGAUCAUUCCUAAUUUUGGCAUUCGCUUUUUUUAUUGUUUCUAUUACAUACGUGUCGUAUCACUUUUUAAUUAAUUUCUGAAAGGAAUUUUGAUGUUGCUAUAGCCUUUAACCUUAUAUAAUAUGGUCUUAUAUAUAUGGACUUAAAUCAUGUUCAAUGCUUUGUUAACGACUCAUGUAACCAAGAUAUAUAUGGUUAUAUGUAACAGCACAAUGAGGAUAUUAUGAACAUAUUAUUUUUAAUUUCUUGCAAAGUAAAGAUUUUAGAAAAAAAUUCUUUUUCAUUGGAAUGAUUUCAUUUUUGAAAAAAUCUUAAACAAGAUUUGAUGUUUGUUAUUUGUUGUUGUUUUUUCUCAAUAUACCAAAAAAAAUAAUUUUAUUCUUUAUUAAUUAUUGUUCUUUGAAAAUGUAAUAUUUAAAUUCCAAGACGAAAAAGUUUCUGGAAACUUUUUGAAGGUGACAAACAUCUUGUGGAAUUUAUUUGAAAAUGAAAUUAAUAGAGACAAAAGUGUUACUAAAUCACUAGUCAUGUAAUUUAAAUUUUAAUUGUGCUAGCUUUUUGUAUAUGUCAUGUACAAUAAUUGCUAGCCGUUUCUUGAUUUAGUAUCGAAAAUUGCAUUUUCCUUGUCUGCGCUCGUCUUCAAGAGGCUUUUCUUUAGGCCUCUAUUGUAUGUCUCACAGCCUUCGUAGCAGCUCUCCAUCUGCUGACAGCUGCUUCCGGGAUCCUUUUUUACGCUGUCCUCCUUUAAAAGUGAAGUUCCCCUUUCAGACCUUGUGGUCUAUAGUGCAGAUGAUGUAAAGGUCAUGUUUCUGUGGCCUACGGUUAACGAGGGUGCUGUCCUCCUUUUAGCUCACUAAAAAAAGCCAACAGCUUUUUCUGCAUGAGAUGUGGCAUAACAAGCAGGUUGCAACAGGGUUAGCGUGGUCAUGUGAUAUACUGCAAUCAUCUGCAAUCGAAGACACUGCCUUAUUAUUUUAUUUUUUUUUACAAAGUUUAGAACACUGGUUUUUAGUUCUUUAAGGCUAUGUGGGACACCAAAUUUGGGUAAAUAUGUGAAAAAUUUCGCUUUUCAGUUUUAACUAAUUUAAAAAGCCCAACCAUUUCUGGACAUAAAAAUAUAAUUUUCAUGAUUGGCAAAUAAUUACUUAUUUUUUAAUAAUUUUUUUUUGUAAGGUAGCUACAGCUGUCUCUUUUUACAAGUUUUCUAAAAAUGCUUUGUUUGGCAUUAAACAACAAGAAUGUGAUUUUCUAAACAUUUUUUAUACAUCUCACACAGAUAACAAAUAACAUUGACAGUGAUUGUGAUUAUAAUAAGUUUAAAUAAGCGAUCGAAACCGUUUUCUGUAAAUAGAGAAGUUGGUAUUCAAACAUUAUAACACAGUGCUAUGUUUCUAAUAGGGGAGAGGGGCUACAACAAACUAUCUAAUGUGCUUCUGUGUGAACUGUCACAUAAUUGACUCUAUAUUAGUCUAUAUGCAGACACUAUGCAAUACUACAUGAGAACUGCACUAGCUUUAAAAUGUAUAUAUGCUCAAAUCAAGUGUUAACUUUGAUGCGGACAUUUCUACAGAAUAUGCUGAAUUAAAUUAUGUGGUCAGAAUUCAGCUUUAUAUUAAAAUUAUUUGUAAUAUUGUGACACACUGCCAUUUUUACAGUCCUCUAUGUUCAUGGCCUAUAGACCACAACUGCACAAGGUUUGAAAGGGAAACUUUUUUUAAUAAUUUAUUACUAUUUUCAUGGCUGCCAUGGUCUGGCAAAAAGUUGGAUUGGAUUAAAUAUUGUAGUCAAUUUCUCUAACUUCUGCAGAUGUAAUUUCAGCCAAAUGUUCUUUAUAUGUGUUUUAAAAGUCAGUACAUAUAUAUGUGUGUCUUGAAAGACAAUACAAACCUUCUUAAUAUAUAUAUCAAUAUAUUAGGCCAGCCAUGAUUUUGGUUAAUAAUUUAAACCUUAAACACAGACUUUUUAUUAAUCUACAGUGAAGCAUGUAAAUUAUUUAUGAGAGAAUAUUUAUUCAGUUAUUGAAAUUAAAAUUUUAUAAUCUAGAAAAAGAUUCAAUCAAAUAUUUCAUUGUUACUUUAACAACAGAAAUGGUGUUGCAUUUAUUUAGGUGUAUUUGUAAAUAUCUGUUUUUAUAUUUUACUUAUUGUAAAAUGCAGAUGUAUUUUUUUUUAUGCUUGGCUUUCAUAGAUUUUCUAUUUUCUUUUGCUAGAAAUUUUCUUCAAAAUAGGCCAAAUCAUUUUUGUCUGAUUUGCAAGUAUUACUUUAUUGCUUGUUUGAUUUUAAAUGCAGGUCCGCCAAUUGUUGUUUGAUACUUACUGCUAUUUUAUUUCAAUGAUGCAAUUUUUUUACAUUGGAAGAUUUUAAUAAAUGUUAUGAUGAAUUUA